CUAUUAAAGCAAUAACAAAAACUUUCCAGAAAGUUCUGGAAGAGUUUGUAUAGUUUAUCUCAAACCUUUCAUCUGCAGCCUAUCACAGCUGACCUCUCCUUUUGGGUGGGGGAAGCUCUGACGCGUUUAAAUAGACGGGGGUCGAACUGGAGAACUAUUCAGCCUUUUCUUUCAAGCCUGAACAAAACAUAAACAAGAGCCGCCAUGGUUGAGUGGACUGAACAGGAGCGCACCAUCAUCAACAACAUCUUUGCCGGCCUGGACUACGAGGACGUCGGGUCCAAGGCUCUGAGCAGGUGCUUGAUCGUUUACCCCUGGACCCAGAGGUAUUUCGGCGGCUUCGGAAACCUCUACAAUGCAGAGGCCAUCAAGAACAACCCGAACAUCGCAGCCCACGGCACUAAGAUUCUGCACGGCCUGGACAGGGCUGUGAAGAACAUGGACAACAUCAAGGCCACCUACGCCGAGCUGAGCGUCCUGCACUCCGAGAAGCUGCACGUCGACCCCGACAACUUCAGGCUGCUGUCUGACUGCCUGACCAUCGUCAUCGCCAGCAAAAUGGGAGCCAACUUCACCCCCGAAACCCAGGGAGCCUGGCAGAAGUUCCUGGCCGUGGUGGUGUCUGCUCUGGGAAGGCAGUACCACUAAACCCAGCAGCUUCCUCGCGUGGACACCCGAGGGAGAUCUAACGUCUGUUAACAUGUGCUAUGUGUCUCCCCAAUGAGGAAAUAAAAGCCCACCGAAGCAAAGCUUAUUUAUUGUCCUUU